AACAUGCGAUCUCGGUGAUCCGUUCACGCAGAUCCGAUCAUCCGUAUAUCAGGACACGGCGCGUUUACAUUUGUCACAUAAAUGUGGCUUCUGUAUCUGGAUGUGUGAUCGGAUCCCGUGCGGGGAGACGCGCACUGGGUGGAGCUGUCAAUCACAAAUGGCUAUAUUGUUAGCCACAUGAAUGUCACUAACACACAAAGUUUGUAAACUCAAGAUAAUGUCAACAUAUCAAGGAAGCACAAGUAUGCGCGGUACCAUGGUAAACCAUGUAAAAACCAGUGAAACCUUUGAAAGCAACUGCAAGUAAACAAUAAAUAACACAAAAGUUUAAAAACAACUAGGACAUAAACUGUGUUAAUGAAUGCUUAUAUCUGCUAUUAAUGUGUUUGCUAGUAGUUGUGUUAUGUUUUAAAUGACAAAACGUAAUGUUUUGCCAUGAAAACCAUAACGGUCUAUUAAAAACUGCCUUUUAACGUUACUCGCAAUAGAAAAUGGCCCCGGUGUAAAGUCGACCCGAAGUGGUAUUUUUUCUUUUAAAAACUGUUUUUACACACAAGAAGUAUUACAAAUCUCGUAAAGUAAGAACAAGGAACUUGCAAAUACUGCUUCAAUGUAUAGACGCGUCAAUGAACACAGUGCAAAGAAGUAUAUGGGUCCGAAAUCGUUCACCGAUAUGGUGGGACAAUUGUACAUUAUACACAGAUAAUGAAUGGCUGUGUAACUUCAGGGUGAAAAAGCAAACGUUUCACCUUAUCUGCGAUGAACUUCAUCCACGGUUGUUUCGUAGAAACACACAGCUACGUGAGGCGAUUCCCGUUGAGAAAAGACUGUCUCUGGCUUUGUAUUGGUUUGCCACAGGUGAUUGCUUUCGAACAAUUGCCCACCUUUUCGGCGUCAGCAAAGCCAUAGUUUGGCAAAGUGUCCAUGAGGUGGCAUCCGGGCUGAAAUCUCUUACCCGUCAGCACAUAAGUAUACCCACCGGAGAUGGACUUAAGGAGGUGACGCGCGGGUAUGAAGAGAGAUGUGGCUUCCCUCAGUGCGCUGGGGCGAUAGAUGGGACCCAUAUUCCCAUUUUAUCCCCCAGAGACAACCCCUCAGACUACUACAAUAGGAAAGGCUGGCACUCAAUCUUACUACAGGCAGUUGUUGAUCAUCGGGGCAGAUUUACCAACAUAAAUAUUGGAUGGCCAGGCAGCGUACACGAUGCACGCGUGUUGCGGAACUCUGCUAUAUUUAAACUGGCAGAAAGUGGAGACCUUUUUCCAGUUGUGACAAAAAAUAUACUAGGAACACCUGUACCCGUAAUGUUACUUGGUGACCCUGCCUAUCCGUUGCUGAGUUGGCUCAUGAAGCCUUAUUCUGACCAUGGAAGCCUUACAAGGGAGCAGAGAUAUUUUAACCAGAGGCUGAGCAAGGCCCGAGUAUCUGUCGAGUGUGCCUUUGGAAGGCUAAAAGGCAGGUGGAGAUGCCUUCGAAGGCGACUUGAUGUACAUCUGGAAAAUGUUCCAAAUAUCGUGAGUGCUUGUUGUGUUUUACACAACAUUUGUGAGAUGCAAGGAGAGAGAUUUGAAGAUGACUGGUACACCCACUGUGACAACACUGCUGACACCCCCGAUGUUACAGACAACCACAACACACUGGGCCCGAAUCACAUUCGGGAAGCUUUAACAGCUUUUUUUAGUCAAGACAUGUAAUGUAAAUAAACCACGUUCAAUGUAUUGUACAUAACUUGUAAUUCUACAAUUUUCAACUUAACAUGUAGUCUGUCAUAAAUGCUUUUUGCAAAUAUAUUUAAUCAU